AUGCCUACUGCCAUGGGAACCCCUGCCCUGCUGUGGAUAGCUCUGUUGCUCUUCUCUCCAGAUGGCAUAUCAGCAGCCAUCUGUAAAUCUAAGAUAUCCUUGAAUCCCCCAUGGAACAGUGUAUUUAGAGGAGAGAAUGUGACUCUUACAUGUAGAGGGAACAAUUCCCUUGAAGAUGACUCCACUUUGUGGACCCACAACAAAAACCCUUUGGAAGUAAAAACUUCACGUUGGGACAUCAUGAAUGCAAGCAUCCAGGACAAUGGGGAAUAUAGAUGCCAAAGCAAAGGAGCUAUAACGAGUGACCCUGUGUACCUAGAUGUCAUCAGUGACUGGCUGCUCCUUCAGGCCUCUGCUGAGAUGGUGUUGGAGGGUGAGCACCUCUUCCUCAGGUGCCACGGCUGGAGGAAUCUGAAUGUCUACAAGGUGACUUACUUCAAGAAUGACAAAGCCCUUAAGUACUGGUAUGAGAACCACAACAUCUCCAUUACCAACGCCACAACAGGGGACAGUGGCACUUAUUACUGCAUGGGCACAAUUCAGCGGAUACGCUAUACUUCUAAUCACCUCAUCAUUAAAAUUACAAAAGCUCCCCAAAGCAAAUAUUUCUGGCUACAAUUUCUUAUCCCAUUUUUGGUGAAGAUUCUGUUUGUUGUGGACACAUGGUUGUUUAUCUCGACCCAGCAGCAGUUCACAUUUCUCUUGAAGAUUAAGAGAACCAGGAAAGGCAACAGACUUAUGGACCCACAGCCCAGACCAGAACCCCCAAAGAACUGA